AUGGAGGAUAUUCGGCCGAUUGGAGGAUUGGAGGAGCUUUUGAGGUGGACGAAACCUGAAACGCCGUUUAAAACUGAGCCAUUGGGAAAUUAUAAAAGGAAAAAUGGCGCUGAGGUUUUGCUUUGUCAUGAUAUGAUGGGAGGGUAUUUGGAUGAAGAAAAAAAUGACGGAAAAGUGUAUGAAGCUGAUGAGUAUCCGUAUAUAUUCCUUAAUUGGUGGAAUAUUGAUAUUUUCAAUUAUUUUUCGCACAAUUUUGUGACAAUUCCUCCAGAAGGCUACACGAAAAUCGCCCAUCAGCAUGGCGUUCUUUCUCUUGGGACAUUCAUCACUGAAUGGACGGGCGGCGCUUUAAUUUGCCACGAGAUUUUGAACAACGAGGAGAUUCUUGAAAAAGUCGCCGAUGCUCUUGUGCAAAUCGCUGAUUAUUAUGGAUUCGAUGGAUAUUUGAUAAAUGUUGAAAAUCCGGUGUCGCCAGUUGGAGUUUACAAUCUUUUGUAUUUUCUUCAACUUCUUACAUCGAAAAUUCAUGCUUCGAAUGAAAAUUCGAGAAUUAUUUGGUACGAUUCGGUUUUGACCAAUGGAAAACUGCACUGGCAAAAUGCGCUUAACGAGCAUAACAGUGAAUUUUAUAAUGCCUGCGAUGGAAUUUACUUGAAUUAUAAUUGGAAUUAUCAAAAUCUUCUCGACUCCGCCGAUUAUGGGCGAAUUGAGAAAAUUUUUGUGGGAAUCGACGUAUUUGGUCGUGGAUGCGUUGGCGGCUUUAAUUGUUAUAAAUCAUUUGCUGAAGCGAAAUUGUUGAGAAUGUCGAUUGCGCUUUUCGCGCCUGGUUGGAUUCAUGAGAAAUUCCCGAAAACCAAUCAGAUCACCAUGGGUAUUGGCUUCUGGCAACGAUUAUAUCCCUAUAUUUCGACUAGAAAACUAACAAAUGCCAAUUUUAAAACAGAUUUUUGCUGUGGGAUGACGAUUGAGUCGGAAAAUACGUGGCGAUUCCGACUUCAAGACAUUGCAAUUCAGCCGCAAUGUCUUAACAAAUUUUGCUAUUAUGCGGUUGGCGAGGGUCUUAAAUUCACACAACCCGGAUCUUAUGAUAUUUUCAAUUUUGAUGAUUUACAAUUAAGAAAUCUCAAAGUUAUUUGCGAUCUCGAAAUUUCGAUUAAUCGAAAUCCCGCCGAAAAAUGCGAUUCCAAUUAUUAUUUCGCCGCAAAUCUCACCCUUCAAUCAAUUCAAAUUAUCAUCAAAACGCCAACCGUUUUGAAAUCGUUCGAGAUUAUUUCCGAAUAA